UAUACAGAGAACAACUCAACCAUGUAUGAUCUCGUUUUGUGGUUUGAUGGUAAUGUCUGGUGAAAGUUUUGUAUCAGUGUGUCAUUUAGAAAUCCUCUUACUGAUGAAAAUGCUGAUGUGUGAUUCAUUUUCCCCAUUGUAGAAGAGUAUAGAACCCUUCUUGAUCAGGAGAAGGCCCAUGGUUCUUUGUGAAUCUUAACUUUAAUCUGAUCAGAUCAAUACUGUAGAACACAAAUUCAUAUUCAAUAACUACAAAGGAAUAAUGCUCACAAUAUUCAAGUUUCUUUUGGUACUUUUGGUGUUGAAGAUGCACUCAUACCAUGCUUUGCCACAAACCAAAAUAAACCCUCACAAUGAUGCAGACUCUUGCAGAGUUAAGUGUUCUUUGGCAUUUCGUGACACAAUUUGACCAUGGCAGUUUGAAGGAGGAGUAAACAUGUCAGUUUCCUCUUUCACACUCUGAGUAGGAAGAAUUUGUCUAUUUCAGACAAGUGUUGGCCUGCCAUUUUGAAUUCUGAGUUUUUCUGUGAGCUGGUACAAGAUCUACGGCGUGAUAAAGAUUUGUGUUAAUCUCUGGAUUUAGAUUUUUUUCUUAAACAAAACUCACACGGUUUGUAUCAAUAUUUCCUGAAAUGAUUUGGUGAGGACAUGCAAAUGUACUUUUAUGCAACUAACAAAAGAAAAGAAAUCACCUUUCAUCGCCACAGAGAUGGAUGAAUGCAGGAGUUUGAUGGCAGCUCUGUCUGUGAACGUGCUGACAGUCUACAUGUUCCUGAGUGUCUUCUUCCUUCCAGGUCAGAUGUUUGAGUUUGAAUGUUAUUCAUACCUUGACACGACUGCACCAAAGAAGCUGGAAGCUCUGACUUUAUCCUGCUUGAUAAUUCCAUGUAGCUUUAAGACAAUACCAGGACAAGGAAAAGGAAAUGAGUUUGACAACAACAGAGAAAUCAUUGGAGUGUGGAUUAAAAAUUAUCGCUAUUUUAACAGCCAUCCAGACAAUGUGAUUUCCAACAGCAGUAAUCAGGAAAACAUCUAUCCAAUGAAGAUGAUUGGAAACCUGAAACAGAAAAACUGCACCACUUUGUUUUCUAAUCUGACCACAAAAUAUACAGAAAUAUAUUUUUUUAGGAUUGAAAAUGGAACGCAACUGGUGGUUCUCACAGAUUCUCCUCAGAGUCCCAGCAUUGAAAUCCCAGCUGAUCUGAAGGAGAAGACGUCUGUCUCCAUCACCUGCUCGGCUCCCACUCCCUGUCCUCACUCCCCUCCUGAGUUCACCUGGAAUCUACAAGCAGACUCACAGAGACAAACGGAGACAAAAACAGAUGAAAGCUUUACAACUAAAAUCCAGAAGACCAUCACUCUGUCAGACACUCAUGAUGGAUUCCCCAUCAGAUGUUCUGCCAGAUAUCCUGUGAAUGAAGGACCACCAAAGACAACCGAGACACAAAUUACUCUUAUUGUUUAA